CAAUCCGGGAAAUAACUUUAUGUACUUUUAAAACAAAAAUUUGCCCAGCAAACAUCACGUACUAUUAAAAACAAAUAAAACGCGUUGAGUAACAAUUAUUACACGUUUACUAUUUGGUAGAUUCCAAACCAGAUUCGAAAAAAGUAUCGAACUUAUCAGAUAAAAGUGUACAUAACCUUGAAUCCAUCGUCAAAUUUGCACUUGAUCAUUACAGUACAUAUUAUAGUGUUACAAGUUAAAUUAAACAAAUAAAAUGCCUAGUUUAAUAUAUUACACAACUGCCACAUUAUUGUUAUUUUGUGCUCUGAAUGUAAAUGCAGAGUUUACGACUGAAGAUUGUUGGGCUCUAGGCUUCAAUAAAGCUAAUUUAUUGUGCAGUUCAUGUGAUCAAUUGCCCAAAUUUGAUUUGGAUAUAAUAAGAGAUCAUUGCAAAGAAUGUUGUCACCAUGAUGAAUCUGCACAAGGCAAUAAAGUCUAUGCCAAAGCAGUGCUAGAAGUAUGCACAUGUAAAUUUGGUGCUUAUCCACAAAUCCAAGCAUUCAUCAAGAGUGAUAGACCUGCAAAGUUCUCCAAUCUACAGAUUAAAUAUGUCAGAGGUUUAGAUCCUAUUAUUAAGUUGUAUAACAAGGAUGGGCAUUUGAAGGAAACCGUUGCCAUUGAAAAGUGGAAUACUGACUCAGUUGAAGAGUUUUUGAAUACUCAUCUUGAGAAGGAGGAUGAUUAUUUACAAACUAAUAUGAUUUAACUAUAAAUUUGUAAGAUGUGAAUGUGGUGAUAAUUUCAACUAAAAAAUACUUUAUAUAAGUA